AUGUCGUCCACGUUGACUGUCCGCGAGCGGCUCGCCCUCUGCAAGUGGGCUCAUAGCCUACCUGGCCACAUCACUCCGAGCCUCCCUCGCGGUGCCGAAUGGGCCAAGAGCGAGUUCGGAAAGGAUGUGCCCGAAGCCGUCAUCCGGACCGUCCUAGACCGCGCGGACACGUUGGACGACUUCCAUGCCUAUAACGACGGCGAGAUUGCCCCCCUGAUCCGUCCAGGUUUCGGGAAACUUUUCUGGGACAUGCCCGAUGACGAUGCUGCGUUCCCCAGCGCCGUUCAGGAGUGGAAGGCAGCGACCAUGACGUGGGCGGAGAUCGCCAUCUUGUGGUUCGUUGAGAAGAUCACGAACAAGCCCGAUUGGCAUGUCAAGGUCUUUAAUGAGGAGAUUGUCGCCAAGUGGAAGCAGGAGGUCAUGGCUGUGGACUGGAGAGCCGCGGGUCUUGAGUAUGCCUAUUUUGACGAAGAUCUGUUCAAGUUUGCUCUUGCUGAGCUUCGUGAGAAGGCUACGCUGUAUGAAGCUACUGGCUUGACCCCCGUCUUCGAUGCCUCGUCCGUCGUCAUCAAGUCUGACAACGCCAUCACCCCGGAGGUAAAGGAGGAACUUCGAAAGGGCGUAGCUGCUCUCGAAAACGUCGCUGAAAACGAAAAGGACUGGCAUCCCGGCAGCGACGGCAAGGUCUUGGACCUUGUCCACCCUUCCCUCUGGCCUCUUGUCUUUGGCAAGUCUCGUAUCGUCUCCGAUAAGCGCAUCCUGCUAAAGGACACUCUGGCGGCAUGCGGCACGGGAGAUGUCAUUGCCGCUCCUACGAAUGCCACAGACUCAUCCAGAGGGCUGUGGUCCGUCAAGUUCCAGUGGCUCCCGUGCGACAUUGAUAUCGAGGAGGGAAAACCAAAGAUUAUGAGCUACAUCAACAACCUGCACCCGCAGCACCAUGCCGGCCUCUACACCACGAUCGAAAAGGUGCUCGAGAAAUCUCUGCCCAUGUGGGAUCUGAUCUACAGAUGGCACGAAGACUACGAGACCCUCCGCAUCCCCUGUGGAUCAGCCAGGAGGAAAUGUCUGGUAAACUGUGCCUCAUACUGCUGUCCCCAAAACCGCCCACUAGAUCCAGACGAAGACGAGCGUGACGAGGAUUAUAUCGACGACGCCGUCUACGAAAGCGACGAGGAGCCCAGCCGCGAAGUCGAGAGAAGAGACAAGAUCUGGUACUCGGCCACCCACCCCAUCGAGAAGCCGCCCGUCCCCGAGUACAAGCCCAUGGAGCUCCAGCCCAAAGACGUCAACCUCACCUCGGGCUUCUUCAACCACGCCGACCGCAUCCAGGUCAUUGUCAAGCUCGCCAACAUCCACCUCACGCCCGAGAAGCCUACGUACGACGGCGGGUCAUGGCACAUUGAGGGUCAGCUGAACGAGCACAUCGCCGCCACGGCGCUCUACUACUACGACAACGAGAACAUCACCGACAGCCACCUCGCGUUCCGCACCGUCGCCGAUAAAGAAGAGCUCAUGGGGGAGCUGAAUUACGAGCAGAACGAUUACUACAGCAUCGACCGGACGUUCGCGAUCAACUCCCACGCGGACACGAACCAGCACCUCGGCAGCGUGCUCACGCGCGAGGAUAGGCUCCUCGCGUUCCCCAACGUCUACCAGCACUGCGUUGCGCCGUUCGAGCUCGUUGACAAGACCAAGGCGGGCCACCGCAAGAUCCUCGCGCUGUUCCUCGUGGACCCACGGAUCCCUAUCAUUGGCACGGCCAACGUGCCGCCGCAGCAGAUGGGGUGGUGGAAGGAAGGGGCCACGCCGGGGGACAGGCUGGGAUCGCUGCCGCCGGAGGUUACGGAGAUGGUGUUUAAUAAUAUGGAUUUCCCGAUUGGGAUUGAAGAGGCGAAGAGGAUACGGGCUGAUUUGAUGAAGGAGAGGACGACGAUUGCCGAGGAUGGGAUGAGGAUGAUGACGAAUGGGGAGUGGAACUUUUGUGAGCACUGA